AGGAGAUGGCCUGCCAAAUACUAGGCAACAACCAUAUAUACCUCCUGGAUAACAACGGAUAUCUCAACUCUAAAGGGGCGGAUGAUGGAGCUGAUGCUGCAUCUAACAUCAGAGAUACCUGUGCGGGUCGUGAAGCUAGACGUUCAUCGUAUUGCUGUAAAGAAGGAUGUGCCCCUGGUGAAUCUGUCUCUCUGAAAGCAAGUGUACUCUCGUACAUCCUGGAUGUUGCCAACAGUGGACAAUACAACAGUUAUCUCCAGAUCAACGCAAUCGCUGGAGCCUGUCACACAUCUAACUCUUGGCAUUACCAAGGUACCGCUGUGGACUUCCAGAUUAAAAGCGGUGACCCUAGCUACUACGCCACCUCUUGGAUGAGUAUUUGUUCAUCCCAUGGAGCUCAAGAGAAUCUUGGCCCUGGGAAUGAUGGUCACUCAACUCAUACCCACUGUGCAUUUGCACCAUAAGAUUCAGAAAUAGGCUAAAACCAAGUUCAAAUGAACAAAUUCUUUACACGUAUGCUAUCUCUAUUUCAAAAUUACGAUUUAUCUUAAUUAAUGGGUUCGAAUCUCUGCCAGUUUCACAGGGACAAGAUGCAAUUAUCAUCUGUAGUUAAUCUCUUUAUAUCCAGGUGUGAAAUAGGUACCCGGACUUUUCUUUUAAAAGUACUGCAUGUGCACUGAUAACGGCUGCCGGAGCUAAAAGUAGGGGUAACAAUAUUAGUAAUAUUUAGUAAAAAAAUCCUCUAUGGAAGAGCACAAAGACGAUCCAUCAUAUAGUGAUAAUGUGCCAUACAAAAUCGAUGCAUUAUUCCAAUCAUCUAUUAAACGCUUGGACCUGCUACUGGAAUGCACUAAUCAACUACAAUGCUCACUUGUACAAUUAUAUGAUAAUCUUGACUUCUUCUCUCUAUGUACAUGUUAUACUGAAAUCUAACCUUAUCACUUUAGCCGGACUAUAGGCCCAUCUUCAACCAAUAGGAGCUUUCAAGUAUAAUCAAUGUUAACCUUGAUGAACCCUUCGUUAAUGAAUGAUUAGUUGUCACGAAGUUUUCUUCCAGCUGUAAUUUUAAGAAUAUAGUCAACACUAAUAAAAGA